GCAAUAAAAAAGAAAAGACAUAAAAAAGUUGAAGUCUCCUAUCUAAAAGUGUUUACUCUUCCUUCAGGUUCUAGAGGAGCAAUCAUGACAAUUACACUCUCUCUUGUGUCUGCAUUUCGGACAAGUCAAAUGUUGUUGAAGCCACUUGUCGAUGCAAUGAACAUGGAACCCGUGGUUGCACUUAGGGAGCAGCCUGAGCUUUUCACCGGAAACAAAAUCUGA